AUGCAUGCCUCGAACGUCCGAACGAAUGGGAGACGCGCGACCUACAUGGACCUCAACGACGAGGUGCAGCCACUACCUGUGUACGUAACUGAGAAGGGAACCGAGAUGUACACCAUUAGAGCCUUCCAUCAAAUGCACUGUAUAUACGUCCUUCUCGAAGACAUCGGCUACAAAACGCAUAACAAAACUUCAAAGUGGGAGCAGGGCCACGUGAUACACUGCCUAAACGUCUUGCGGGCGACGGUGGAAUGCCUGGCAGACGCCGCCCCGAUCUCCUACGUGCACGGAAGAAGAGUGGGACACGCGACGGACGGCCAGCAGAUGCAGUGCCGGAACUUUUCCGCGCUCGUUGAUUGGGUCAAUGAUCCUGUGCGCGUGUCGAGGUGGAACAUUACCGAAUUGGACGACAAGCCGGAUCUCUUUGACGAAAUCGUCGAUUAG